CAGCCUUGAGAAGGAACCUGACACCAACUUUACUGUGCUUGCAGAGCACUACUGAUGCAUCAUCGAGCUCAAGCUUCAAGCAAGCAGACGGAAACCUUCGAAGAAUUCAAGAAACGCCAUCACAGUGCAGUGGAAUGAAAAAAGAGUGCAACUGAAACACUCCUCAAUGUCUGUCAUUUACUUAAGAACAGAGCUGAAUAACUGUCAUUGUUGAAAUGUGAACAGAGAAUUCACCGUAUUCAACCGUAUGAAAGUUAAGCGGAUUUCAUUGGAAGAGUUACUGGACUCUCACUGAACACUUAAGUUUGAUGAUUUUCUGUUUCUAGAGGACAGAUGAGAGCAGAACUGACAUACAUCAGAGCAGCAGAAGAUGACCGUCUCUUGAUAACACAUUAUUUUAGCCAGGAAGAAGAGAAGAUUAUUUGUUGAAGCUCUUGAAGAAGUAAUCAUACCUGAUUGAGUUGUGGCUGAUUUCUUCCUUAACUUUGUUUCACACUGUUGCAUCAUGAUGAAUUCUGAAUCAUCUGGAAACAGUCAAACCACUCUUGAGAAAGGGGGGAAAAACCCACCUGAUGACAGUUUAGAUGACAUAGUUAAGGAUUUGUUAUUGUAUGUUAACGGGUUCGAGUGCUUACAUGAGGCUAAAAAAGUGAUUGAAGAAAAAUAUGACAUUAAUAUAGAUCAUAGUAAUUGCUGGCCAGCUGAUGAUAUCAAACGAGCUUGGGGAAAAACACAACGAAUGGAUAUAAAAUCAAGCAGAAGAAGACACUGGGCCAUUGUGAUAUUGUUGCAGGUGAUAAAAAUGAAGUUGUAUGAGGAUGAGUGCAACAGGAAUUCAGCACAGUCUAAUCCGAUGGAGGGCAAUUUAUCCCAGAGUUGCGCAGAGUCGAGUCCGAGCGAUCUUCCGUUAAGAACAGACAGUAAUGAGCAAGCUUGUGGAACAGAACAAAGCAUGACAGAAGACUCAGAAGUCCCAUCAACUGUCUCAACUGCUGAACCGGAGAAGAUGAGACCUCCAGGGCCAUGUAAGUCAACAUCUAAUCCUGCAACUAGGCCUGUCUACAUUCGGAUCCCAUUCUCAGAAAUGUUUGGUGAAACCCCUUACACAAAUGUAGAUCUAAACGACAGAUCUCUCUAUAAACUAAUAGACCGACCUCCUUCACACAAUGAAAUAAGGAAAAGAAAAUCUUACAUCAUGUCAUUCAACGAUGAAACCAAUAAUGCUGAUUGGGUGUAUGAGAUAUUAAACAAGGAAACUUUAAAGGACAAAUGUAAGGAGCAAAUGAGCUUUGGAAGGAAGGAAUUUGAGACAAAAGAGUUUAAUCAAGGUCAUCUUGCUGCGGCGGCCAAUCACAGGUGGUGUCAGGAAGCCUAUCAUGACACUUAUUUGAUGAGCAACAUGGUACCACAGGAUAAGAGCUUAAACAAGGGCAUAUGGAGUAUGUUGGAGCAACAUUGUCGAGACACAGCUAUGGAUGUCAAUGUUCAUAAUGUCCAUGUGUACACUGGACCACUUUACUGUGGAAAAGAAAGAAAUGCAAAACGCAGAAAGAGAAGCAACAAUAUUGAGAAUGAUUGUUAUUUGGGAGGGAAAGCAGUGCCAACUCACUUCUUUAAGGUAGUGAUUGUGGAGAACGAGGACUGGACAGUAAGAGAGCCGGAAUUCUAUCUGAUGCCCAAUGAAACACCAAAAUUCGAAGGACAAUUGGAAGAAAAUGAAGUAUUGAAAGAAGAGGCAACAAUAGGCAACAGAGAAUUGCUAAAGCACUUCAAGUUGAAAAUUGGGGAUUUUGAGAAACAGCCUUGGCUGAACAUCAUAGAACGUGAUACAAAAUUUAACAAGCAAAUGAAAAGGAAAGUGAAAUGGGCGGGAGAAGAUGGAAAUGGAGAGUUACAUAGUGUUGGAUUUGAAGUCAGAAUAAGCCCACCACAUGUUUAAUGAUGAUACUGGUGGUGCCUGUGUUUGAUGUGUGUACAGUGUUUUUAGUAAAGGUUUUUCCACUUUAUUGAAAAUAGAUAUAUGUAAUGUAUUUAUGACUCUAUACAGUAUAUAAAUAUAUAUGCACACCAUUCAGAAAUGCUUUCUAUAACCUUUUGAUCUGAGGGCUUAUACUUAAAUGCUUGAAAUUAAUUUUGUAAACAAACAUAUCUUUAUGUAUUUCUGGCUUUCUUUAUUAAACUAUUUUGUAUAAUUUUUAUAUAUAAACAUGGAUGUAAUAGCACAAACCCCCAAUGCUUUGUAAAAGAAUCCAGUGUGGUAGUCCUAUGAAGUCUUUUUGAGGAAAUGAAUAAAGUAAUAAAGUAUAUAAUAUAUAUAUAUAUAUAUAUAUAUAUAUAUAUAUAUAUAUAUAUAUAUAUAUAUAUAUAUAUAUAUAUAUAUAUAUAUAUAUAUAAUUCCCAUUUUUCAACUUUGUGUUUCAUAGUUCUGAUGACUGUUCUAUUAUUCUAAAAUGUGGAAAAACAAUAAUAAUUUUUGUCUUUAUUUGGAAGUGUAUUUUUGGUCACUGUUAUUUUGUUUAUUUUCUUACUAUGCCCCAACUUUUCUUGUUCAAUCCUGGCUCCUCCCUAAUUAAAUGCUUAUUGACUAGUAUGCACCCUUUGUUAAUUAGCCAAUCACUGAAGCCAUGUACUAAUGUGUCCUGAUUUAUAAAUGCCUGCAGUGACGCAUGAUGGACUGUGAGACUUUGGAGCUGCUUGAUGCUUGUAACGUGUGUGUAUUCAUAAACAAUGUAAGUUUGUUUAUUUUGGGUUUUAUAUAUUGUAUUUUAGUGAUGCAAAGUCUGAUUAAUUUCCGCGAACUGGCUCUUUUCGGACAGUUCCGCUCAGUGAACCGGUUCAAAAAGCCGAUUCAUAGGUUCAUUCAUUUCUAACAACUCGACGCCAUGUUUAUUGAUGAAAUAUUUAAAUAAAGUCAUUUGUGUCAACGCAUAUUGAAACAUUAAAAUAAAAAGUUAUUUGUGUGAA